AUGAAUUCAAUCGCGAUCGAGACCAAUAAUCAAGAGGGAUCUAAAUUGUAUAAGUGCCGAGAAUAUCCUUACAAAGUUUCGGCAAACCUACAUUACUUUAGAAAAGAUGAAAGGUUCUGUGACAUAGAAUUAAUUUCUGGGAAGACAAAAGUCAAGGCUCAUAGAGUUGUUUUAGCUGCUAGCUGUGAAUAUUUUGAUGCUAUGUUUAAUGUUGGACUUGAAGAAACUCAAAAGGGUCGUGUAUUACUACAUAGUGUACCAUCAGUUAUACUUCCUUUAAUUAUUGAUUUUAUAUACACAGGUGAAAUAACAAUUGACAAAGCAACAGUACAAAACUUGUUGAUAGCUGCUGAUAUGCUACAGUUAAGAGAACUAGUUUAUGGCUGUGGUGAAUUUUUAAAAAGGGAACUUCAUCCAUCAAAUGUACUUGGUAUAUUUAGAUUUGCAGAAACGCAUAACUGUAAAGAGUUAGCAGAAGAAGCCUUAACUCAUGCGCAAGCACACUGGAAUUUGGUAGCAAAUGGUGAUGAAUUAUUAGAAUUACCAUUGCAGCAACUUAUAACACUUUUAUCAUCUGAACAACUUAAAGUUGAUAAUGAAGCACAGGUUUUAUACCCAGCUUUGAAGUGGUUAGAGCAUGAGCCAGCAACUAGAAGACGUCAUUGUUUUGAAGUUCUAAGUCAUGUAAGGUUACCAUUGAUUUCCCCGCAAGUAUUGGAUAGCGCUAUAAAAACUGUUCACGACCCGUCCAUAGCAGUUGCCUUAAGAACUGUCAGAGUGGAUAUGAAAUCAGGCCGUGGAGCCCUAGUAUCACUAUCAGCAGAACCCCGUGCCCGUGCUAGGCGUGUCCUUGUAAUAGUAGGCGGGUCAUGUCACGACAACGUACCUCAUCCUGCUGUUACCACAGACAACAUUCUUUUUUCCGCUUUAAAAUUUGAUCUACAUAAACGGGAAUGGGAGGAGCUUGCGCCAAUGGGUAUAGCUCGCAUACAACCAGGUGUUGCCACAUUAGGUGGUCGAGUUUACGCUGUCGGAGGUGAACAGGGAAGCCAAAUAUUGGCUAAUGGAGAAGUUUAUGAUCCACAGCUCGAUAAAUGGUCAGAUAUUGCGCCAAUGAAAGAGGCGAGAUGCGAAUUUGGUCUCACGGCUUGGAAGAGCAAUUUGUACGCUUUUGGGGGAUGGGUGGGGUCUGACAUGGGGUCCUCUGUGGAGGUCUAUGACCCGGUUUCUGAUGAAUGGACGCUGGUUGAAGACAUGCCAGAGCCAAGGUUUGGCAUGGGCGUUGGGGGGUGUACACACACGUGGCGUCAUACACAAGACUUACUUUGCUAUCACCCGUUGUUACGCAAAUGGCAGACACUGAAGUCCAUGCGACACGCAAGAAGUCAGGCAGCAGCUGUUGUAUUGGAUAACUAUCUCUACGUUAUAGGAGGGAUUGGCCCGAGACGCACUGUGCUUGCUUCGGUUGAGAGAUAUAGCUUCGAUGAUGACCGAUGGGAGGAAGUAGGUAACCUUAAAGAGGCUCGCGCGUGUUGCGUAGCGGGCGCAGCGGAAGGUGUUUUAGUGGUCGCAGGAGGGGACACAGAAACCGAACACCGUGCGUUCUACCAGGAACGAACCACGCUCUCCUCGGUAGAAAUAUAUGAUCCAGUGGAGAAUACCUGGCGAUCUGCCCCUCCGUUGCCCCAUUCUAGGACCGAAGCAGGCGCCGCGCUCCUCUGA